AUGGAGAUCGAUCUCGCGGCUAUUCGGGAGAAUGCCUUACGUACCGAUCCCGUAGAGGCUUUACUCUUGUUCACAUUUCUUCUUCUGUUCGCGAACAUCAGUCUUGGACUUGCCAUAGGCCUGACAAUCAUGGGCAUAUGGAAAAAUUCUGCAUGGAUGCGCCUGGCUGCAUUUUUCGCGAUGCUUGUAGGCUGUGGAACCGCCCUUUGCGCCGUUUUCUUUUUCGUAGAGAUGGGAGGACUCAAGGCCUUUCAAUCGCAGGAUAGUCAGUCCUCAACGAAACAUGCAGACUUUUAG